UAGGCUAAUGGAAAAAAUACCUACAUGAAAUUCAAGUUGGUUGCUGCUGGACAUGCGCGGAUGUGCACAGAACAUGGCGGCCUAGUACCAAGGAAAAGUAUUGAAACCUGCUGCGAUUUUCAAGAAUAAUUGAGGUGCAGUCUGUCUGACCGCGAGUCGCGGCUUCUCCCUGCGCCUACGGGACCCCAGCGUCGGGGGAGUGACCGCCCUCCUGCCCGUCACCUGAUCACCCGGCGCAGGUGCCACCCCAGCCGGCGGCCAAGAUGGGCAGAACUGCGGUGAAAGACCCGAAAGACAAUAAAAAAGAGAAACCUGGCAGGAGUGGCUCAGCAACUGGUCCUCCUCCAAAUAAAGAGACAUUCAGUUGGGAGGAAUAUCUGAAGGAAACAUCUUCCACACCUGCCCCUCCAAGUUGCUUCAGACAGUCCAGGGUGCCGCCUACCAAUGACUUCAAAAUGAACAUGAAGCUGGAGGCUCGCGACCCGCGAAACUCCACCUCCGUCUGCAUCGCCACGGUGAUGGGCCUGAUGGGCACGCGGCUCCGCCUACGGCUGGACGGCAGCGACAACACCAACGACUUCUGGCGGCUGGUGGACUCGGCCGAUAUCCAGCCGAUCGGCACCUGCGAGAAGAACGGGGACAUGCUGCAGCCGCCGCUGGGGUUCAGGAUGAAUGCAUCCUCGUGGCCCAUGUUCCUCUUGAGGACCCUCAGUGGAGCCGAAAUGGCUCCUGGAACAGCGUUUAAAAAGGAGCCCGCCAGGCCCCCGCAGAACGGCUUCAAGCCGGGCAUGAAGCUGGAGGCCGUGGACAAGAAGAACCCCUACCUGAUCUGCCCCGCCACCAUCGGGGAGGUCCGGGGCGACGAGAUCUUCGUCAUGUUCGACGGCUGGAGGGGCGCCUUCGACUACUGGUGCAAAUACGAGUCUCGGGACAUCUUCCCAGUGGGCUGGUGCUCCGUCACCAAACACAGUCUGCAGCCGCCCGGCAACAGCGUGACCCUUCCAAAGAGCCUCCAGUCUCCUCCUCCUCCGCCACCUUCAUCUUCCUCGUCGCCGGCGAAGCCCACCAGGCGCUCGAUGCAGUCGCCGUACAGGCUGAGCGCCCCCCUGCCCCCGCUGCCCGUCAGGAAGGGGGUGCGGGGGCGGCGGCCCAAGAGCGAGACCAUCGCCAUGCUGAAGGCGGCGGCCGAGGCGGCCGCUGCAGCCGCGGCGGCGGCCUCCGCGCAGAACGGCACGGCGCAGGGCGCCGCCGCCUCCGCCGCGCAGGUCGCCCCCCGGCCCCACAGGAAGAGGGGGCCCAAACCGGGCAGCAAGAGGAAGCCUCGAGUGGUCCAGAGCUCGUCCUCGGCUGGCUCUCCGGCCGCGGCUCCGGAGUCCAGACUGGCCGGCGUUCAGGUACCAAAGGAUGGGCCCAGCCACCUUAACGCCAACCCCGCAGUCAUGUCCACAGUGUGCGUGUACGUGAACAAGCACGGGAACUGCGGCCCCCACCUGGACAGGAAGCAGAUGCAGCAGCUCCCGGACCACUUCGGGCCGGGCCCGGUCAACCUGGUCCUGCAGCAGGCCGUGCAGGCCUGCGUGGACUGCGCCUUCCAGCCCAAGAUCCUCUUCAACUUCCUGCAGUCGGAGUCCGACGGCGGGGAGGUCAUUAAAGUGCGCUCAGAAGGGGGCACCCACUUUGUGCAGCUGCCCUCGGCCAAGAGCGCCUCCUUCGUGCUGCGCUUCCUGGAGACUCUGUGCCACCACCUGCAGUGUGACAACCUGUUCAGCAGCCAGCCCUUCAGCCCCUACAUGGCCGCCGGACACACCGCCUACGACAGGAGCAAGUCAGUAAAAGAGGAGACAUCAGAAGCCUUGUCUAUAAACCGCGGGACCAAGCGCUUUCCGAGGGAGACUCCUCCUUACACAGCUCCCCUGUCCCCAAAACUCCUGCGCACAGAGGCACACCCCUCAGAAGCGGGGACGCUUCCUCACGAGGAAAACGGCGUGCUGAAGGAGCAGCGCUUCUCAGAGGAGUCCAUGGACUCCGCCUCCAACUCCAUGACGCCUCGCCCCCCGACGCUGCGGAGCUCGUCGGAGUACCGCGCCCAGGCUGGGACCCCCUACUACCCCAGCCACCCUCCGCCGCUGCACCGCCUGGCUUCCAACCCCCCCGAGCUGGCCUCCACCCGCCUGAACAGACGAGUGGAAGGUAGGCAGUCAGCCAGCUCCACUACAGGCCCCGACCUACAGGCUGCAGACAGAGAGGCCCCCAGGGGCCCCAGUAAGAGCCCUUCCACCUGGUCCAUCGAGGAGGUGAUGCAGUUUGUCCGGGAGGCUGACCCCCUGGCUCUGGCACCCCAUGCUGAACUUUUCCGAAAACACGAGAUUGAUGGGAAGGCACUGAUGUUGCUACGCAGUGACAUGAUCAUGAAGUACAUGGGCCUGAAGCUCGGCCCCGCCCUCAAGCUCUGCUACCACAUCGAGAGGCUCAAACAGGGCAAACAGUAGCAAACUGACCAUGCCGACUUUGCCCUGCCCUGGCCCCAGCACACACCCACCCUGGGCCACACAAAUGGGGCGGAGACCAGGACUGCGCCAACCUCCGCUGGAGCCCCUCUGUGAAACCCUUUCAGUCUACGACUCCACGAGGGGGAGAUUUCAUUGGUCAGAGGUUCCCAUGGACGACAAACAUGUGCUCCGCCCCCUUUGCUAAUAAUGUUCAUAGAGACUCCUAUUUAUAUACUGCAGAGACCACAGUACCUCAUCAGCGAGCAAAAGGAAGUUUUCAGAGUAACGUAGUUGACUCAGCUGAAUCCCAAAGGAUAAUCUGUCUACUGUUUACACUGCAUAUCCGUGCUGUGCGUGCACAUGGACUUCUGUGAUUUUUUUCCACAAAAAAAACUAAAAAUAAAACAAUGUUUGCUUCAUGUGCAGAUUGAAGCCCCAAAGAUGAAGAUUGUUUUGUCCUCUUAGAGUAUUAUUCCAGUAAGCCGCAGGGGCUAAUUUUAAUCAACAUUUCUGUUUUUUUUUUUUGUCCUUGUUUUUUCUUUCUUUUUUAACAAUUGAAAUAAUGCUUAUUUACAGUGGAAUAAGAUUUUAAUAUAAAGGCUAAAAAACAAAAAGAGUCCACAGAUAAUUUCAUUAGUUUUUCCAGACUACCGGAUAGUCUUCAACUACAAAUGAGUGUCUGAGAGAGCUUAUUCACACUGCUGGUUUAGACUCUUGUGGACGGCGAAAGCUGUUGAACUCGGGAUGCCCUGUCAGCCGCGCCAGCGUGCAUUGGGAGAGGAUGAUUUUUCGACCCAUCUUCCAGCCUCCUUGUUUUACUGAUGGGAUGCCUUACCCGGAGUAAUGAUUGUGGUACAUUUCUACAGUGAUGAACUUUUUAGGAUAACAGACUUUUUUUUGUUCUGUCUAAUGUGUUGUAUUGGACUAUGACUGGAACAACGUGCUUUUGUCAAAAAAAAAAGUGACAGGUCACAUAUUGUAGAAUGAUACAUACUUUAUACACAUGUACAAAAACAUAGAAAAUGUUUUUUUAAACAGAGUUUUGUAUGUAGCCUGUAAAAAUGGGAUAAACAAUAUGAUUUUUUAUUAUUAUUGUUUUAAUUUUUUUGCAUUCGCGUAGGGUCUGUGGUAAGAUAUGUGGUACAGGGCUUCAUGAUUAAAUGACAUAAGUUGACAGAAGUGUGUUUUCACCCCGCUGUUUAUGAUUUCAAAAUAGACAUACCGAUGAUUAAACCGCGAACCCAUACACCAUCCCAGCUUUGCUUCGUGCAAAGCACGUCUCCUCGAUACGUUUUCCAAACGCCUCCAAUACUUUUGAUUUGAAUGUUCGGACUCCGUUUCAUAAAGAUUUAAACAUCCGUUUUCUGGUUAGCGUAUUUGUCUUUUGACGGUUUGUGGCCUUUAUCAAACAGGAUGAGUGUGUCGCGUGCGCGUUUUGGGGCUUUUCUGAGACGAAGAGAAAGGAAACGCACGCCUUUUAACUUUAUUUUAUAUUCGUCAUUUCUCUGUUUGGUCACAUGGAAAUUCCGCUGAGGUCGUGGGGUGAAUUCAGCGGGACCUGUCAUUAUUUAUUGCCGUUGUUGUUUUAAAUUACGUGUUUUUUAGAAAGCUCAGGUUGUUAAAUCUAAUUUCGUUGUUCAUUGCAUGCGUUGAAGCUUUUUGUCAGUAAACCACACCUUUCACCCAGUGUUUGUGGUUUAGUUUUAUGGUUUUACAUUUUCUGUAAGCUUUAAGCCAGCAAAUGUCUGCUGCUUUUAAGCAGGUGGCACCCCCCACCUAACUGUGUAGAUAUAUGAUGCAUUCACAUGCAUUUUGAGUUGAUUGAAUUGUUCUGAAAAUGAAAUUACCCUAGUACUAGGGUACUACCCUAGUCAGUGCACCGGGUGACGAUGUGGAUAAAAUCACAGAGAGCACAAGUGUCACUACUAUUUUUUUCUACAGUCUAUGGUCACCUCCCUAGGGCUGCUGGCCAUCCUUUGGAACACUGGGGUUGGGGGUGGGGAGACGCAUACUACAACUGCACGUUGUCGGGGAUGUAUGGGGGCCUGCCCGCCCCCUUCUCACUCAAGAUAACGUGCAGGACUUGUCGAUCCACUACGGUGCCCUGUAUAAUGCAGAACGAUUUGGAGUACUUAGAAAUAUAUAUUUUUGUCUGCUUUACAAUCAUCCCCCUUUUUUUUUGCUAAAGUGCAAAAAUGUCAUUAAAUAUCACCAAACGGAGGCAUGGGAAUUUCAAGGAAUUUUGAAGUUCACAUUUAUAUUGGAUAAAAAAGGUUUGUAAAAUAGUUCUGCCAGUGCAUUAUGUCUACUGAGGAACAGAACUCCAGUUUUCCACGAAAAUGUAUUGAGCACAACUUUUCCCAUUUAACACAUCUAAACAUUUGACCUGUUUAAAGUGAGGUUUCUAUUUCUUAGCACAAUGAGGAAUUCCCCAUAUCUCCAGAUCCUGUCAUGGUAUAGUGUCUAAUUAUUAUUAUUAUUAUUAUAAUUUCUGAUUAUUGUGAUUCGAUAUUUUAUUUUAGUCAUACAUAUCAGGGACAGGAGUGUACAUUUUUUGUUGGGAAAUAUGUAAAACCAAUCAUAUAUGAAAAAUAGAAAUUUGGAUAAUUUCAUUUUGGGGAGGGGGUGGGGGGAUGUAGAUUGUUUUUCUGACUGCCUUUGAUAUUUCAGUGCUUUUAGUUUGAAACAAGAUAUUCCUCAAAAGUACUUGACGGAAAUUGCUAUGCGUUAACUGAUAUUCCUCAGGUUUACUUAGUCUAUGUUUUUGUUUUGUAGGACAGAAUUUUUUUGUAAAGUAGCAUUUUUUGUUUAAAGUGAUGACACUUAAGUUUGACUAUACUCUGUUCACCCUUUUGUGAGGAUGUUACCUUUCAUUUUCAUUCUUCCUCCCUCUGUCUCUCUGUCUCUCUCUCUCUCUGUCCCCCCUCUCUCUGUCUCUCUCUCUCUCUCUUUCUCUCUCUGUCCCCCUCUCUCUCUCUCUCUCUGUCUCUCUCGUGCCAUAAGUUAGACAAACACAAUGUAUACAUAGUGCUUUUAAACUAUUUCUCAAUUAUCUCGCAAGAACUUGAAGAAACACUUGUAUAAUAGGCAUAUGCAUACAUACACCUCUGAAAUGUUUGUCAAAGCAAUGGAAAUAUUUUACCUCCAUUUACAUCCUGUAUUUCUAUAAAAAACAAAAAAAAAGACAUUGUUUGUUCUUUUUUAUUUAUAAAGGCAGCAAUAAUGA